AUGAGCGUGUAGGUCAUGACUGAGGCGCCAAUUUUUAACAGUACAGACAGGUAUAAUCGUGUCGUAUGCUAUACGCAAAUAAAGUAUAUACUUUGUUUCAUUUAAGUUUGAAACCAAAAUGUAUUGGAAUCCUGAUCAUUCAGAUGACGAGGAUGCUAGCCAGGAAAUAUCUUUUGGUGGAAGGGAAGGCAUUCUGGCACUGAUCGACUGUGCCGAUUAUAUGUUUUCUGAUCGUCCUGAUGGGAUAAAUAGUUUUAAAGAGACUAUGGAAUUAGUUGAAGCUAUGAUGAGGAAUAAGAUUAUCAAUAGUGAAAAGGAUUUAGUAGGUAUUGUCUUUUACAAUACAGAACACAGUCCGCCUCCUCCGGAUGAGAUUGAGCUUGAAACAGGACUUGUGGUUCCAAAGCAAACCGCUGUUUUUAUGCCGCUAUCAAAUCCAUCGGCUGAAUCGAUUCGAAUGGUUUUGAAUUUACGUGAAUCGGAUGACUGUUUCGAUUUCGAUCGCAAAUUUGGUCAUUCGCAAAAUACCAAUCUGACAGAUACGUUGUGGCUUUGCACCAGGAUGUUUACUAGAUGUGGUUACAAACUGGAACAAUCGAGUAUUGUAUUAUUUACAACUAACGACGAGCCACACGUCGCUGGAACUUACGAAUAUCAGCAGAGUUUCGUAAAAGCAAAGGACUUGCAACAACUCGAUGUCAAUGUAGUUCUUGUUCCAUUAUCCGAAGCAUUUGAUGGAUCUAAGUUUUACCAAGAAUUUCUUUGCACACUUGCUAACGAAAGUCCCAAUGAGUUCAAUUUUCCACAAUAUCAGGAGUCUCGAGAACGUUUAUUGAAUAGAAUUUUUCGACAAGAUUUUCGGAAAAAGGCUUUGUCACACCUAAAAUUUCACCUUUCUGACGACGUUGCAUUCGGUGUGAAUGUAUAUUCUCUUUCGAGGAAAACUCGUUUCCCGAAGAAAGAGACAAUCUUAAGAGAUUCAAACGAAGUUGUUGUAUCCAAACGGUCUCACCAGAUAGUAUCUACGGAAGAAAACAGUGACAAUGCUUCGAACAAACCCCUGCUACCUGGCGAUCAAAGAAAAGUUCAGGCAAUAGGGGGUGAAAAAAUAAGAUUCACCGUAGAUGAGGUUACAAAUAUGAAACAAAUGCUUCAGCCAGGUUUACAAUUAUUGGGGUUCAAACAGCUUUCAAAAAUAUUUUUGACAAAUCACAUACGAAGUUCACUGUUUCUGUAUCCGGAUGAAAAAAAUGUUACCGGUUCCACCUUGCUUUUCCGAGCUCUUUAUGAAAAGUGUCUCAUUAAACAAAAAGCUGUGUAUUGUAUGUUAACAAUGAGGCGAAAACAACCGUCAAAACUGGUUGCUCUGAUUCCACAAGAAGCUAGCUACGAUGAUGAUGGAGAACCUUAUCGCCAUAGCGGGUUUAGAAUUGAGUUCAUUCCAUAUGCUGCCGAUAUUAGGAAGCUGGAAGCUUUCGAGCGAACGUGUCCAGAGGUUACCCAGGAACAAAUUAAUAUCUUCAAGUCGGUCACGAAGAAGAUCAAGUUUAAAUACCAUCCUUCACAAUUUGAAAAUCCGGUGUUGUCGACACUUUACAACAACAUAGAAGCAUUGCUGUUUAAUAAGGGCGAUUUGGACAUCUAUGAUUCUACGAAACCAGACAACGACCGGAUCGACGCAAAGGUUGAUCCAUUCGUGGGUUCAAUCGUCGAAAUGUUUGGAGAGGAUGAAAUCAAUGCACCGAAGAAACGUGCGAAAAUAACUAGUGAAGAUGCACCAGAUGCUAAGACCCCUCGAAUGGCCACAUAUGUAGACCCUGCCUCGAUCGUGGAAUCAAUUAAAAAUGGAAAGGCUGGGUCUGUUCUCGUGGCAACCCUGCGGGAUUACUUACGUCAGAUAGGUGUUGAAGGAAUAUCGAAAUUGACUAAAGCUUCUCUAAUAGAUAGGAUAAAGCAGCACCAUCAUUUAUGAAACAUCUUGUACGUUUUUUAUUCUUCAUUCAUUUUGUUAUUUU